AGGACAUACAUGACGACCUUCCUGACGUCACUGUGAAGGUGGAUUUAAACGGCGUCCUCACAUCAGACACACUCAGACAGACAGCAGGACUGAGCGGAGACCAGCGGCAGCAUGAAGCUGAUCUGAGACUCCAUCAUAACUGACAACAAACAUCUUCAUGAGGAUGAGAGACGGAAGACGAGGAGACUUCUGACUUCAACUCUGACGGAGAACGGAAUCCAAAGCAUGUGGAUUUAAACGGCGUCCUCACAUCAGACACACUCAGACAGACAGCAGGACUGAGCGGAGACCAGCGGCAGCAUGAAGCUGAUCUGAGACUCCAUCAUAACUGACAACAAACAUCUUCAUGAGGAUGAGAGACGGAAGACGAGGAGACUUCUGACUUCAACUCUGACGGAGAACGGAAUCCAAAGCAUGUGGAUUUAAACGGCGUCCUCACAUCAGACACACUCAGACAGACAGCAGGACUGAGCGGAGACCAGCGGCAGCAUGAAGCUGAUCUGAGAGUCAAACAUCUCACCUGAACGUCAGCAUGUCAGCUCCUCACCGUGGUCUUUCCAGGGACUCGAUGAACACAGAGUGAAAGUUUAGUGAAAUAAGGUCAAAGAUGAGUUCACCUCAAGAAGUGCUCCUUGGAAUCCUGGAGGAUUUGAGACAUGAAGACUUUGAAAAGUUCAAGUGGUAUUUAAGUCUAGAUGGAGUCUUUGAAGAGUUUAGACCAAUCCCAACGAGUAAACUGGAGACAUUGGACAGGACAGGCACAGUGGAUCAGAUGCGCCAGGCCUACAGCAAUCAGAUUCUAGACGUCACAGAAAUGGUUUUAGAGAAAAUGAAAAUGAUGGGUGUAUGGGAGAAACACUUCAAAAACAUCUCAGAACCUGGAGGGAAAGAUGGUCCUCAAAAGGUUCGUUUGUCAGCAACAUCGAAGAGGUGUCAGGAGAAACUCAAGUCCAACCUGAAGAGGAGGUUCCAGUGCGUGUUUGAGGGAGUCGCGAUACAAGGAAGGCCGACCCUCCUGAACCAGAUCUACACAGAGCUCCACAUCACAGAGGGAGGGGCUGCAGAGGUCAAUCAGGAACAUGAGGUCAGACAGAUUGAAGCAGCAUCCAGGACAGCAGACAGAGCAGAAACAAGCAUCAGACCAGGAGACAUCUUUAAAGCCUCACCUGGAAGAUCUCAACCAAUCAGAACAGUGCUGACAAAGGGAGUGGCUGGCAUUGGGAAAACAGUCCUGACACAGAAGUUCACUCUGGACUGGGCUGAAGACAAAGACAACCAGGACGUCCACUUCAUAUUUCCAUUCACCUUCAGAGAGCUCAAUGGAGUGAAGGAGAAGAAGUUCAGCUUGGUGGGACUUGUUCAUCACUUCUUCAAUGAAACCAAAAAGGCAGGAAUCUGCAGCUUUGAAGAAUUCCAGGUGAUCUUCAUCUUUGAUGGUCUGGAUGAGUGUCGACUCCCUCUGAGCUUCCACCACACUAAGUUCCUGACUGACAUUAGAAAGUCCACCUCAGUGGAUGUUCUGCUGACAAGUCUCAUUAGUGGGAAACUGCUUCCCUCUGCUCGCCUCUGGAUCACCACACGACCUGCAGCAGCCAAUCAGAUCCCUGCUGACUGUGUGGACAUGGUGACAGAGGUCCGAGGGUUCACCGACCCCCAGAAGGAGGAGUACUUCAGGAGGAGGUUCAGAGAGGAGGAGCAGGCCAGCAGGAUCAUCUCCCACAUCAAGACCUCCCGAAGCCUCCACAUCAUGUGCCACAUCCCGGUCUUCUGCUGGAUCACUGCUACAGUUCUGGAGGAGGAGCUGAAGAGCAGAGAGGGAGGAGAGCUGCCCAAGACCCUGACUGAGGUGUACAUCCGCCACCUGGUGGUCCAGGCUGAAAGGAACAAGGUCAAAUAUGAUGACAAUACUGCCUCACGCGAAACCUGGAGUCCAGAGAGCAGGGAGAUGAUAAAGUCUCUGGGAAAACUGGCUUUUGAUCAGCUGGAUGAAGGAAACCUGAUCUUCAAUGAACGUGACCUCAGAAAGUCUGGCAUUGACCGUGAGGUAGCCUUAAAGUACUCAGGAAUGUUCACAAAGAUCUUUAAAAAGGAGAAAGGCCUCCAGAUGUCUGUGUUCUGCUUCAUCCAUCUGAGCCUUCAGGAGUUUCUGGCUGCUCUUCAUGUCCAUCAGACCUUCAUCAAGUCUGGAAUCAACCUGAUGAAAAAGGUACCAGUGUUCAGGUGGCCGAAAGUGUUUAAGAAACCUAAACUCCACCAUCUCCAUCAGAGAGCAGUGGACGAGGCCUUGAAGAGUCCAAAUGGACACCUGGACUUGUUUCUCCGCUUCCUCCUGGGUCUUUCACUGGAGACCAAUCAGAGUCCAAUUCAAGGUCUGUUGACACAGACAGGAAGUAGCUCACAGUCCAAUCAGAAAACAGUCCAGUACAUCAAGGAGAAGCUGAGUGAGAGUCUGUCUGCAGAGAGAAGCAUCAAUCUGUUCCACUGUCUGAAUGAACUGAAUGAUGGUUCUCUGGUGGAGGAGAUCCAACGGUACCUGAGUUCAGGACAUCUUGACACAGAUGAACUGUCUCCUGCUCAGUGGUCAGCUCUGGUCUUCAUCUUACUGUCAUCAGAAGAAGAUCUGAAGGAGUUUGACCUGAAGAAAUACUCUGCUUCAGAGGAGGCUCUUCUGAAGCUGCUGCCAGUGGUCAAAGCCUCCAACAAAGCUCUGUACGUACUUCAUCAACAAAUAAGGAGAACAUGAUGAGUUCAGUAUGAUUGUAUACCAAAUUUUGCCAUCCACUCCCAAAAAAAUCUGCCCAAAAGCAAGGUUUUCAUUUGUUAAAAAAAGAAAACAAAAAAAGAAGAAAAAAGUUCAGUUGCAAACAUCCUGUCCACAGAUGUGAAGUACAGCACUGCUUUUAAGUCUCUGUAGUGUCAUUUGUGAAUUUUGUACUCAUCUUUAUAACUCUGAUUAGAUGGCACAACAUUAGUUCAGUAAGGAAGUACAUAGUGUUCUCCCCCCUGCAGACCAUUAAAGUUGAGUAGAGUUUCAACCUGGUAAGAAAAAAAAGGUUCAAUGAAUAUCAACAAUCUUUAUGUGUCAC